AUGGAUACCCAGGUUUAUUCUGACACAAUGGAAGAAAUUAAAGAAGCACUACAAAGCAAUAAUCAGUCGCUAGCUGCUGAAACCGUCCAGAGGUAUUUGGACAAAGUGGAGAAUAUUCCACUUAACAUUGCUAUCACAGGAGAGUCUGGUUCUGGUAAAUCCACCUUUGUGAAUGCCUUCAGAGGCAUAGACAACAGGGAUGAGGGAGCUGCCCCUACUGGUGUUGUAGAGACCACCUUUGAGAUUACAUUUUACCCCCAUCCAAACUAUCCCAAUGUCACAUUAUGGGAUCUCCCUGGUAUUGGCACCACCAGUUUUCCUGCUGACAAAUACCUGCAGCAUGUUGGAUUUGAGAAGUUUGACUUCUUCGUCAUCAUCUCAGUUGAUCGCUUCAGAGAAAAUGAUGUGAAGCUCGCUCAGGAGAUUCAGAAGAUGGGAAAAAAGUUCUACUUUAUUCGCUCAAAGAUUGAUAAUAAUUUACGUGAUGAGGAAAGAAGUCAGAGGGAGUUCAAUGCAGAAACAACUCUGACACAAAUCAGGGAAAACUGCAUUAAAGGUCUUCAAAAACAAGGUGUUGAGACUCCACAGGUCUUCCUGGUGUCCAGCUUUGAUCUCCACCUGUAUGAUUUCCGUCUGCUAGAGGAGACCUUAGAGAGAGAACUUCCUGCACACAAGAAGGGGAUUCUGCUGUUGGCCAUGCCUACUGUCAGCUUGGAGAUCAUCAACAAGAAGAAAGAGGCUUUACAGUCAAAAAUAAAAUACAAGGGCUUACUAUCAGUAUCUGUAGCAUGUGCACCAGUUCCUGGGGUUUCUUCAGCUGUUGACAUAGCCAUGAUAAUUGAAGCUGUUACACAAUACAUACUUGUGUUUGGUCUUGAUACUCCAUCGCUGGAGAGACUUGCUCAAACCACAGGAGUGCCAUUAGAUGAUCUGAGGGCUGGCAUUUCACCACUGGCUGCACAAAAACUAACCUCUGAUCUUAUCUUGAAGCUGUUAUCACAAUGUGCAACCAAUGUUGCAUUAAUGGCAGCAGAGGAAGGGUCCAGAUUAAUUCCAAUAUUUGGAAUCCCAGUAGCAAUGGGCCUCUCUUUUCUCUCCACAUACAAAGCUCUAAAUUAUUUCCUCGACAUGCUUGCUGAGGAUGCACAGAGAGUUUUUCAGAGGGCCCUAGGUCUGAACACCUCAGUGUGA